CAUUGUUCCAACCGACGGGGCGGUAUAUAAUUUUUCAUUCUUGACCCACAUUAGGGGAAAAUAUAUUUUACAGGUGGUUAUGGAUUUUUCCGAGGACAUUACAGGAGGUAGAGAGAGCGCGGUCAGACGGAGCGACGCUCCGCGACCGGUAUCCAGGCGCGGGUUCCGUGAAUAUACAAACAGUGGUUCUGCUGUGUCUAGAAGUGGUACCAUGAGACCAACAUCAGCAUACCGAGGCGGCACAGCCUCUCGAAUGUCUACAGCUGGAUUCGGUCCAGCUCCAUCAACUGCUAGUCGACAACCGACCGCAAGGACUGGAUUUUCAAUGAUUGAUAGACCGAUAACGCAACAAGGUAUAUCAGGACUUCGUACGGGUACAGCCCGUGGGUUCCGUACACGACAGUUACAAGACAAGCGGUAUUGGGAGGAACUCAUGCAAGUGAAGAUUAGAGAGAUGAAAGCGGAGAUAGCACGGUUGAACGAAGAGGCCGAUGCUGGUGAACGCGAGCGUUCGGCAAAAAAACAUUAUGAAAAAAGAGUGAGGGAACUAGCGCAAGAGUUGACGGAUUUGCAAGGCCGUUUAGCAGACUACAACACUGCGAUUCGUAUCGCCAACGGCGAAGCAUCAAAGUAUUCUGUCGAAGAUCAAAUGAAAGAAUUAGAAGUCAAUAACAAAAAACUGCAAGAAGAGGUAGAACAAGUGUUUUUGGAGAAGCAGAGAAAAGAGAAUCAAUUAAGGCAACUACGAGAGCAAAUGGAUAAGGAACAAUCUACAAUAUCGAAAUUACUAUCAGAGAUGACACCAGAGCAAAAGGAGCAGUAUAAUGAACUAGAAGCAACAGCUGCAGCGCUACGAGAGGAAGUAGAACAAACAAGAACACAAAUUGAUCACCUAAAUAAAGAAAAAGAAGAAUUUAGCAGGGAAAUAUCAGGAUCACAAAUAAAAGUACAUCUUUUGGAAUUACACCGACGUCUAGCAACAGCAGAAGAAAAAAGGGACAAUUUAAAAAACGAAUUGAACAACCGCUUGGAUCCGCAAGAAGAAAGGGAGAAGUUAUUGCUUCAGGUACGCGAAGAUAAUGCUGCGAUAGCUUCUCUAGAUAGUAAUGCUGCAAAUAUAAAAGAUCAGAUCCGUAAAGUGCAAGAGUUUAUCGAACAAGCCGAACAGGAUCUAGAGGAAGGCAACUCAGAACGCCACCAGAAAUACCGAGAACUCAAAAAGAGAGAGGAAACAAUGGACAAUUUCAUGUCCACUUACGAAGAAAACCUUAAGAAAGAACAGGAAAAAAUAGAACAACUCGAAAAGGAUAUAGUAUUUGCUUUAGAACACAGUAGUUCUAAUAUAGAUCUAGAUUUGAGUGAGAUUGAUACAUUAAAACAAAAGGAAGGUUAUACUUCUACGUAUGAUGAUAAUAAAAGAUCCGCUGAGACCCUUACAAAAGACUAUGAAAGAUUUAGUGCGAAUUUGAAGAAGGCAGAAGCUACACGAGAAAGGCUAGCUACUGAGUUACAAACAUUACCAGAAAAAUCUAAAGCCAUGAGAGAUGAAUUGAUUACUCUGUCUGACCUGGAAAGACUGAGAGAACAAGGUGAAGAACAGAAGAAAGCAUUGGAAACUGAACUCAAAAUAUUGCGAGACAAGUUGACGCCGACAGAGAACGCUGUAACAGAAGCAUCGAAUAAAUUAAAAAAGUUACAGACAAGCCUAGAAGGCAAUGAAAUGUACGCGAAACUAAACAGCUUAGAGGAACAAUUAGCUCAGUUAGAGAGUAGGAAGACUGUUUUAGAGGAAGACAUCGCCUCAAUAACGCUGAAAGCAGAUUAUGAGCCUCUGAAGAAACAAACCAUGGAAGAAUUGGCUGCCCUCAAUAAGAAAAUUAUUGAAGAUCUGAAUACCUCUAAAUCUUAUUAAAUUUAAUUCUUAUGUUGUAGAAAAUAAAGAUAAUUUUUAUUCUAAUAA